AACCAGUUGCCCCACGCGCAAGUGACACGUCUCCUAGCCGCCUUUGGCUGGACCUACGAGGAUUAUACGCGAGGAUACAUACUGCAGAAUACGGAGAAAAAUAAGUGUCAACGUUAAUAUGAAGGGAAGAAAAAUAAGUGAAUCGUGGACGAUAAGUGACUCGGUGGAUAGCUCGUUUUUAAUUAUCGAAACGAGAAUCGUCGUAUCGAUGUUAAAUGUGAAUCGCAUGCUCGACGAUAUGUAAAUACGCGAGGAGAAUCCCGUCGGACUCGUUCGAGUAAACGUGUCUCAUUCGCUAAACGAACAACAGGAAAAAAGAGAGAAUUCGAUGGUAAAAGAAACGAAUUUAAGAUACAAGCAAAUAUAAACGUCAAGAAAAAAAGAAUGUAGGACUCCUCGUGUAUUUCGAUUUACACAAAUGCAGUCUCGUUCGAUCGAUAUCCACCACUCGGUGGUGUGUCAACAUGUAUAAAAGUAAGUGAGAAGAGAAAAAUCAUCUUAUUCGCAUUUAAGGAAUGUCCAAGUCGUCUGAUCAAAGUGACAAACAACGAGAGUGCGCCGAAGCGUCGCGAAGAAAAUUUCGUUGACUGUUAAGUUCGUCGUCCAUGAAGUAUAAUAGUGCCGAACGAAGAAGAAAGGGAAAAAAGGGAAGGAAUGUAAAGCGGAAGUCGUCGAAAAAGGAGAAAAAGAAACGAAAUGGAUUCGCAGAACGGCCCGGUGCUGGACCGAUGGAGUAUCUGCUCGGCUGAGGAGGAACCGCUGGUGUUGCAGCAGUUCCUCAGGUUCGCCGAGACGCGUCCGUUCGUGCAGCAGUUGCUGCUGGCCGCCGGAACGCCGGGGACGGAUGCUAUGUCACCCAGCAGACGACCUUCGCCUCCGACGAUGCCACUAGCACACUUGCCACCGCCCUUGCACCUGCUCCACUGCGGCCUCCCACCGCCGGGUACGAGGUUGCAACCGCCACUGGCGCCACCCCAUCCUCCACCCCCAGUCUCGCACCCCUCGAUUUCGCCAACUACGCAGAAGCAUUAUUCGUCAGUUUCGACCGGUGGUAAUCCAGGAGUAACGAGUAACCGAGGGAAUUCGCCACCGAGAACUCUGGAUUCUCAUAUGAACGUGUCACCGUUAAACAGACUACAAAGCAUGCAACCCUUUGAUUUUCGUAAACUUGGUACAUUAGGAUUGCCAGCGUUUACACCUUUACCACCUGUACCAUCCACGGAGCAACUUUUACAAAGUCGAAAGUCUUUGAGAAAUCCUCAAAGUCCGCACAGUCCGCCCCAUCAUUCGUCCAGCUCGCAAUUACAGAGGCCUCACAUGCCGGUGGCACCGGUAUCUUCGUCUGCGCUUAACUUUGGUCAUCCGCUUUCCGUAGCUGUUUCCUCGGGUACUCUACCACCUACCUUUCCCAGUCAUUUUCCACCACCACCGCCGAUGGUUAAGUCGACCGGUUCCAUUGCCGGUCUGACAGCACCUACGGACGUUCACAGUAGCGGUGAAAAGAGCAGCGAGUUUGGCUCAGAGGAGGACGAGGAUGACGACGAGAACUCCGAUAGUGCAUUGAACCUCAGCAGGCGUGACGCUGCAUCUAAACACGUGGCAGCCGAGCACAGACAUCCUCCACCCUUACCGCUCCAACCUGCACCUUUAGGAAGGCCACCUGGUAUCCCCGGUAGAAAACCUCAUUCUCCUGGGAAAAGACCAACGGGACAAUGGGGUGCCACCGCCAACAUGCCACCAAAUCUAGGCACGCCCUUCAUCAAUCCGACCACCGGUAAGAAGAGGGUACAAUGCAAUGUCUGUCUGAAGACGUUUUGCGACAAGGGAGCCCUUAAAAUCCAUUUUAGUGCGGUACAUCUCCGAGAGAUGCAUCAAUGUACCGUCAAGGGUUGCAGCAUGAUGUUUAGCUCGAGAAGAUCGAGAAAUCGGCACAGUGCCAAUCCUAAUCCGAAACUUCACUCGCCACAUCUCCGAAGGAAGAUUUCACCUCACGAUGGUCGUUCCUCAAUGGCUCACGCGUUAGUUCUACCACCACAGGUUGGACUUCCCGUACCAGCAACAGGACUCAAUCACUUGCCGUUUGGUUCUUUCCCAUUGUUAACUCCACCAUCCGAGCUGCGUUCACCAGCGUCCCUCUGUGCCUUGGAUUUCAAGCAUCUCGACCUGUCUUCAGCGCAGGGCCAAGGUAGACCUUACGAGGAACCACUUCAACAGAGAAUGCCCGUCAGCACGGGUUUACCUAGUAGCACGGUUUCCACUACAGUAUCAAUGACUACGAGUUGUGGAACGCCUUCCGUUGCUGCAUCUAUGACCACUACUACAACGACGGCCAGAGGAGGAUCGUUUUCAGGUGGUACAACCAGUUGCACGGUCUCACCAUCGACGUCGAUGAUACCCGAGGGCGAAGAAGACGACGACGACGAUGACGGUGGCAUUGUCGUUGUCGCGGAAGACGAUACGAGCGAUGUACCUUCCAGAUUGCAUUCUCGUAUAACUCAAGGCGAUGAGGAUGACGAACAACCGGCUGACUUCAGUUUAGCCAAACGACCAAAACUCUACUUCACCGAUAUGGCUGACGAAGAGAACAUCAGUAAUAUCGAUAGCAACGAAGACGACUCCGUGGGUGGCACCGAUCAACAUUCCUUUAGUGCUGGUCAACACGCCCUUAAUUCGAAUACCCUUCUCCACAGCAGGGGUGUACGCAAAAGGAAAUCCCAACAUCCAACGAGAUGCGCUGUCUUAGCGGAAGUGCAUUCCUCCUCGACGGACGGUGACUCCUCGAACGACGAGGAACGGGUUCAACGACGUAUUAUAACGGACGGUGGAAUUGUUCCGGUAGUCGACGAUUUCCAAAAUCAACCGGAAGAUAUGUCGAUGUCACGUCUCGAAGCAGAAGAACGUAAGGUCUCGCCAACCUCGCCGAAGAACCGAGAUGCAAACUGCCGUAAUUCACCGGAGACAACUUCGAACAGUGAACAAGAAGCCACAACGACGUUAGAGAACGUUCGUAAAGAAAUAACGAAGGAAAAUAUCGAUGAUCUACCUCAGGACGAGCCGAGAGAUCUCAGUUCGAGGGCGAGCAGCGUCAAGUCGCCUAAACGUCAAAUCAGUCCAGAGCCACAAUGUUUAAACGAGCCAAACGUUGAAGGUAACUCUACUACCGCGAUCUGCGAUUCGGCAUCGGAAUCUCAGGAACGGGCAAGACAAAAUAUCAAAUUAGAAGCAGAAAUGCAGGUUGUAAAGGGUGAGGACAAAAACGUGGUUGCGAAAAAUGAAUUGGAUACGACGGAAGAGAAAAUCGUUCGGAAAAACUCGGACGACUUUAGGAGGCGAGGAGGGGAAGAAGAGGAGGUGGAGGAGGUGGAGGAGGAGGAGAACGAGAGGACGCAGGACGAAGACGAUGAGCCAUUGGAGGAGGUCGAGGAUGAUGAUGAUGAUGAUGAGGUGGACGAAGCGCUGCGCAAUCAGGAAGGUGAGCGUCCCGAUGAUCCCCCCCGUGCCCCGAGCUCGGUCGAGAGCCGUCCAACGACAGCUGACGAGCUCUCCCACGACUCCUCGACCAACACUUUGCGUCAACUCGAGUCCUUGUCGCAGGGUCGCACGAUGAUGCCGUACACCGAGACGCAACGGGUGGCUUCGAGGUCUGGCCGCGGCUCUACCAGCCCCGUCAGCCUCACGACGCACCAGGAGACCACCAUGGACAACUCCUCACAUGGCUCUCGUUCAUCCAGCGCUUCUCCCUCCACAGCGGCCAUGGAUAUGGACAAUAGCCUGAUAACCUACGCGAGAUACGAGAAUGGUGGCUUCGUCAGUACCCAGGAGGUUCCACUUGAUCGUGACAAUCCACGGCGAUGCACGGCCUGUGGCAAGGUCUUUCAGAAUCACUUUGGUGUGAAAACCCAUUACCAGAACGUCCAUCUGAAGUUGAUGCACCGUUGCAGCGUCGAUGGUUGUAACGCGGCCUUCCCAUCCAAGAGAUCCCGCGAUCGGCACUCGGCCAAUCUCAACCUUCAUCGGAAGUUGCUCUCGACAUCUUCGAGUCCACCUCUUUCAUCGGGUAGCCUGCCAUCCAGCUUGUCGCCGCGGGUCGAGGAUGCUCCGAUGAAUUCUCUUCUGCACAACGAGUUUCUUGCGAGACUGUACGCUGACGCGGGUAUCGGUGCUGCUGGGAUCGGAGCUGCCGCUGCUAUUGGUACGGGCAUCGGUCCACUAGGGGCUUAUCCUCUGACGCCAAGGCUUCCACCAUCUGCGGUGGAUCUAGCCGGCAGGAUACCACCGCCACAUCCGCUACUUUUACCACCUCAUUUGGGGGCCACGUUUCCAGGCUUGUCCUCUUUUGCCUCACACCUGGCUGGUCUGAAUGGUUUGACUCAUCAACAUUUAAACCACCUGACGAGAUUCUCGCAGGAACAAUCUAUCAGACAACCCUCUCGCUCGGCCUCACCGUUAUCAUCUCCUGGCUCGGACGAUAGAAAAGAGGAAGCCAGAUGUACCGUACCAGGUUGCGAUCGUGUCUUUGGUUCGAGAGCCGUUAGAGACGCACACUCGAGGGAUCCCCAGGCUCAUCGUGAUCUGCCGAUUCUAUCUACUAGCGGCUCGUGACCGUUCUUUUGCCGCAAACGCGACUACUACCCCUUACUGUGAUGCCAAAAUCCUAAACGACGAUUCCGAUCGAUCGCCGAUCAUGUUGAUCUCCCAGGGUAUCGUCCACCCGCACUAUCGUCUCGCGCUAAUCCACGUGCAAUAUAAUCGAAUAAUAACAUUUUCAAAAAUAUCGCUGAUCUUUCGUUAAAUCCAACUUCAACUUUGAUUUUUCGCGUUCUUAAAAACUGUCUUUACUCAAAUCGGCUAUUCGUAAGAUCUCAGAAACAAUCGACGUGCUUCGAACCCUCCAAUCUAGUCAACUUGAUAUCUCUAUCGGUGGGUCCACAAGUAGAUGACAAUUUUCUCACAAAGAGAAACAACCCGUCCGAUUCGUCAAAUUUCGUGUUUUUAUCUUCGCUUCGAGUCAUUACACGAUGAUAAUCAAAUUUUCACAAAGUUUUUCCAGUGAUAUUUUUGAGGGUGUUUAUUUUAUUUAACAACCGCGCGAAUACAUUUAGCUUAUAAAAUACGAUUUCUUUUUUCCCCUUUUCUCUCUCUCUCUCUCUCUAUCUGUUUUUUCCAGUUUGCAAAGAAUUUAUUUAUUUAUUUUUUUUUUGUUUGUUCGCGGGUACCAUAAAUGUUACGAACGAAAAAGAGAGAAAGAGAGGGAGAGAAAAAAUAAAGAGGAGUAUCAAAAAGAUCAUUUGAAAGGAGGGCGCGAGACGGAAGAGGGGUGGACCGAAAAUACCAACUCGGUGUGUUCGAGAAAAAGGCGUUCGCGUAGAUCGAUCCCCGGAUCGAUGGCGCGAUCUAAUUUUAUCAUCGUUGUGAUAACGUAACGUUAGCGAAUACGUCACUAUUUAAUCAAUAAUCAAUUAGCACUGCUGUAUAUAUAAACAUAGUACCUUUCGGUGUAUCGCGAAUAAUUAUCGAUUAAGCUACGAGGGAAGCGUGACCGAUCGACGGAACGAACGUUUUUUACCCGAAUAUUGGGUAAAUCAACAAAAUCGUGAGAUGAAGACUUUUGUGUAAAAGGGUUGUUUCGAAUAAAUGAGAUAUAUAGGAACGACGAUAUUAAAUUAGCGAGUUAAAAAAUCGGAGCGAUAUCAAACGAUACGUUGGCAGCUAGAGAAAUUAAUUAUAAGUGAAAAGAAAAAAAAAAAAGCGUGAGCAAGAGAAAGAGAGAAAGAGAGAGAAAGGAAUUAAAAGAAAGAAGAAAAUAAAAUCAACAACAACAAAAUGCAAUCGUUCAAUAUUAGAAAAUAACAAAUCGUGAGAUGCGUAGAACCUUUCGACGUUCGAAGAUCGAAGGUUGUCGUGCGAUCGGUUAGAAUAUAUGAAAGGAAGAAAAAUAA